AUGAUAAUAGUGAAACAACUUCUAAAUGUAGUAGAUAAAACUCAAUUACAAACUUUAGCUUCAUUAAUAUCCAAAUUAGAUGAUAAGAUUAAAAAACAAAAAAUAGAUCUUAAACAACUAAUAGAUAAUAUUAAUCCAGUUUUCCGUGUGAGAAAUACUGAGCGUAUUCCUACAGGUGAAACAACAUAUCAGUUGGAAGGAUAUGGAUUUAUAUUAAAAAUAAAAGUAUUUUCAUAUAUAAGUGGAAACGUUAAAAAUAUAUUUGAUGAUUCAGAAAACUGUAAUUUCCGAGGUAAAUCUCUAAUUGAAAUUCUUUUUCCUGUAAAAGUUAAAAUCGAUUCAAUCUUCUUCUCUCAUCCAUCUAACUAUUUGAAGGCUCGUACGAUUUUCGAAUUUAUCAAAGAUGGUGAAUAUGUUGAGAAUAAAGAUUUGGAAGUUAAUGAUGAAAACAACAAGCCUAAUCAUAUGUAUGAAAUUAAAACAAAUGAAAAAUAUAUAGAAACCUUUAGAAUGUUAAUAAUACCAGACAAUGACAACGAUAUUCUUUCAAUAGGUGAUUUUGAUAUGAUAUUAAAGACGGAAAGCUCACCACCGAUGAACAUUAUUAGAAAUUCAACUCCACAAAAACCACACACAAUAAAGAGUUAUACGUUUUUAAGAACAUCAGACUUUGAAUAUGUAAAACUAUAUUUUGUUAAUACUAGUUUUUCACUCAAUGUAUGA